AUGUUCGAGAACUUUACUUUCGGCGCUGCUCCAACCAAUCCUUAUCAAUACGAUGAUGAUGUACAACUAUCACCAAGAGACGACUCAUAUCCUAUCCCAUUAUCACCGUCCUCCGAUUCAUAUCCUUUCUUCGAUGACUAUAAACCAUCCACACCACUCGAUGAUAUCAUUAGUCAAUUUCAUCACCAAUCACUUUCCUACGAAGAAGCAAGAACUAUCCAAUCUCGACACUACGCAUCCUCACCAACACCUUCCCUAUCCGGAGAGUCAGAAAUCUCUUCUUCAUCAGACACCACACAAUCCGUACCAACUACACCCACUUCUCCCUACAGAGCAGGUGUCCUAGCAUGUCGAAGACUCCAACGUCAACUUAACGUCCAACUCCAAUGUUCCACCUCUCACAUUCGCGAUAUUAGUUCUCUAGUCGAAGAUAUGCUUACCAAUAAUUCUCAAUGCAAUUUAUAUCCCUCUCCUUCCAAAACUUCUCUACUAGCUUCUUCACCUAUUUCUACUACGAUGGUAUUAGAUGAUUCUUGUACAAGAAAUGAGUGGAAUGAUAUGGAAAGUGAAAAAAAGAGGAGAAAUUGGUGGAAUGUUGUGGUGGAUGAUGUGGAUGAGGGGUAUAUGGAUGGAGAAACUUGGGAUAGGGAGGAUGCUGAUGCUGGUUUAUCGCUUAGGAGAGCGAGUACGCCGGUGGGAGUUAGGAAGGUGGGGGGGAGGUGUAGGAAGAGUUUGGAAUGUGGGGGUGGUGUUAGGGUUAAGGUUGCUAGGGGGCAGAGAGUGAGAGUGAGGAUGGGGGAGGGGAAGGUGGGGAGAGUUUGA